AUGUUCUAUAAGAAAUCCGAACAGCCCCUCCGAAACACCAUCACUUUCGGUGCAUAUUCCUCUGUCAUCAAUGGCCUCAUCGGAUUUGCAAUUGGGUUCAUUCCUGCUGGCUCCGGCUCUCUUCUUAGUUGGAGAUGGCUGUUUAUUGUUCUAGGUGGCGUGACUGUCAUUUGGGGCAUCUUCGUCUUCUUCUAUCUGCCAGACAAUCCAGGAAAUGCCAAAUGGCUUACACCUCGUGAGAAAGCCAUGGUGGUCCGAAGGGUCAGUGAGAACCAAACGGGUAUCCAGAACAAGCAGUGGAAGUGGUACCAGCUUCGGGAGUGUUUGCUCGAUUACCGGUCAUGGCUGCUCUUCUUCUAUAUUAUCGGUGUGACUAUUCCGAAUGGCGGUCUCAACACUGUCUUCGCGGCACGCACCAAGCGAUUCCGUACUCUAAUCAUGGCAAUCGUGCUCCUUGUUCCCAUUCUCGGCACAAUCCUCAACAUUGUCACUCCUACCUCGAACUCUGGCGCUCGACUUGCUGGUGUGUAUCUGAUUUACACUUUCUAUGCCGGUUACAUGAUUGCCCUCAGUAUCUACCAAGCCAACACAGCUGGACAUACCAAAAAGGUUACGGUGUCGUACUUGAUGUACCUUGCUUAUGCUGUCGGAAAUAUCAUCGGGCCGCAGACGUUUAUCGCCAAGCAAGCUCCAGAAUAUACGGGAGGCAUCACAGCUAUGUUGGUUAGCUAUUGUGUUUGCAUCUGUCUCGCAGUUGGUCUUGGCUUUUCUUACUGGCGAACCAACAAGGCUAGGGAGGCUUCUGAGGCCGAAGGGGGUGGAUUCCUUGACAUGACGGACAAAGAGAACAAGACAUUCGUGUAUACAAGCUGA